AUGGAACCUCUGGGAGCAACAACUGUUUUCCUGGUUAUUUGUGUUUCUUGCCUUCUUUUCCUUUCGGCAUGGAGAAAGAGGUCUGGAAGCGGGAAGCUGCCUCCUGGCCCUAUUGCUUUUCCCAUCAUAGGGAACACACUGCAGCUGAAUAAGAAGAAUUUACCCCAACAUAUAGAUGAGCUCAGUGAAAAGUACGGCUCGAUUUUCACAAUAUACUUAGGCUCAGAACGGGUUGUGGUGCUGUAUGGAUAUGAGAUUGUGAAGGAAGCUCUGAUCGGUCUCGGGGAGGAGUUCAGUGGAAGAGGAAGUAUGCCAUUAUUUGAAAAAAUGGCCCAGGAACCAGGUAUUGUUUUCAGUAACGGGGAGCGGUGGAAGAAGCUCCGUCGAUUUGCCCUUACUAAUCUGAGAAAUUUUGGGAUGGGGAAGAAAAGCAUUGAGGAUCGUAUCCAGGAAGAAACCCGUUUUCUGGUGGAAAGACUCAGAAACACACAUGGGCGACCCUUUGACCCCACCCUCUUCCUCACCCACGCCGUCUCCAAUGUCAUCUGCUCCAUUGUCUUUGGGGACCGGUUUGACUAUGAAGAUAAGAAAUUUGUGACUUUAAUAAAUAUCAUAGAGGAAAAUGGCAAGCUCCAGCGCUCCCCCUGGACAGCGGUAUGUUCAGGGCUGUACAAUUUUUUCCCGACUCUCAUGGAUUACUUACCUGGGCCUCACCACAGGCUAUUUAAAAAUGCUUUGGAGUUCAGAAGAUUUGUUCUGGAGAGAGUGAAUAUGCACAAAGAGUCUCUGGAUCCCAACUGUCCUCGAGACUUUAUUGAUGCUUUCCUCAUCAAAAUGGAAGAGGAGCGAAAGAAUGGCCAGUCAGACUUUACUGUGGGAAGUUUGGUACGAAGCACAGUAGAGUUAUUUGUCGCUGGAACGGGGACAACCAGCGUCACCAUGAAAUUUGGACUCCUGAUUCUUCUGAAAUACCCAGAAAUAGAAGAGAAAGUUCACGAAGAGAUUGACCGUGUGAUUGGCCGAAGCCGAAGCCCCUGCAUGGCAGAUCGAAGCCAGAUGCCCUACACAGAUGCUGUGAUACAUGAAAUCCAGAGAUACAUCAAUCUUGUCCCAUUAGGUUUGCCACAUGCCGUGACUAGAGAUGUUCAUCUCAAACAGUACCUUAUUCCCAAGGGCACCACAAUAUUCCCUGCACUGAAGUCAGUUCUAUAUGACAGCAGGGAAUUCCCAAACCCAGAGCAAUUUAACCCAGGGCAUUUCUUGGACAAAAAUGAUGCCUUUAAGAAGAGUGACUACUUCAUGCCUUUUUCUGCAGGGAAACGGAUUUGCGUGGGAGAGGGUCUGGCUCGGAUGGAGCUAUUUUUGCUAUUCACAAUGAUUUUGCAGAACUUUAACUUGAAGCCUCUUAUUGACCCCAAAGACAUUGAUAUAACUCCAGUAACGACUUUUGUGUCAAAUGCACCAAAAUCAUACCAGUUCUGUGUUCUUCCUCGAUAA